GUCAAAGCCUUCGUGAUGUUUGUGUUGUCGUCUGCUAAAACAAUCUUCGUUUGUUCGUUACUUCGUUUGCCAUCGACAAUCUUGAAUCUGUGUAUAGUUGCUGAUGAAGAAAGUAUUUAAAGAUGGACAUAAAUUGUGAAUGUGUUACAGAGUCCUUGUUUAUGACAAGUUUUGCAAUCCAAGUUUGGUCUGAGUAAAGAAUCAUUGGUAUCUUACCUAUACAGCUGGAAACUAUUAGUCAUGAGUGUUUUGUGACUUAUUUGCUGAAGCCAUAUAACAAUCCAGACGGGGCUAGCCAAGCAACAAGCCAUAUUGCAGCAAUCAUAACAUCUUGACUCAUUUCCUUCAGGAAAUACUUCACAAAAUCAGUAAAGACUCCUGCUAUUGACAGAAAGCAAAAGAAAAAUAGCUGUAAAUGGUCGUCCUGUGCUUAUCAAACAAGUCAUAUUGCUAGUGUUCUUCAUCUCCUUGUUUACUUCUUCACCAAAUUUGAUGCCACAGCAGCAUUUCCCUAUUAUGGGUACUGCUUCCAAUAUCGCCCCGGGUUUACGUCGUAGUUCUUCUGCUAACAUGACGACUAUGAAGUCCUCUGCAGUUCGCCAAUCUGCGACGAGUCUUAUGAUCACUAAGACAACAGCCAAGAUCGAACAGGCCAGGUAUUGGAGAAAAAUAAAAAAAUAUGCAAUUACAAACUUUCCUCAAUUGAUGAAUGCCGAAGAGCGUUUAGAAGACCGUAAAAAUAAUCUAUUCGAAGGGAUUUUGAUAGGAAAUCAGCGAGUCGGAAACCCACCAUGCCGAGAACGGUUGGUUGGUCCUUCCCGUUUGAAAACCUCGAACCCAACUCGGGCUGAUCCUGUAUUGGCGAAUUCUCGGACAACAUCUGUUGCUCCAGAUGUUACUGUUAUCACCCCUCAUUCGAGUUCCAACACGCGCGCGACUUUUCGAGCAAAGCCUGGUGCAGCUCACAGCUCUAGUUCACUUGUUAGCCAAGCUAAAUCCCGUGCUACUGUUCGAGCUUUAGUUACUCCUGCCAAUGCCUAUGCCCUUAGUCAGUGCCGCGACUGUAGUGUAGUUCUCACACGAAUUGACACGACAUUUGGAUUAAAAUCUUCUGCUCCGAGUGUCACUCUUCCUUUGAAAUCCGCAGCUUGUGCUACUUCUCGGGCCAAAUCUACCACUUCUAACUUGACGCGCAUCUCAUCUGCUGUUGUCCCUCGCCUGGUUUCUCUCACCAAAUCUGGUGCCGGUAUAGUUUCAACCAAUGCCGGAUCGGGUUCUGUCGUUCGCGCAGCUUCUCAGAUUACUGAUUUAAAAACUAUUGGUCGCCUGAAUAUCAAACCACUUGCUACACAGCUUAAAACCCGUGCUGCCGUUCGAGUAGCCGCUUUGGCUACCGCAAUUGCCAGUCAAUGUCGCGAUUGCAGUGUUGUUCUCAGACGAAUUGACGCGACUUCUGAAUUCAAAUCGGCUGCUCCAAAUGUCACUACUGCUACUCCUUUGGGUUCCGCAUCCUGUGCAAAAUCUCGGGCAAAGUCUGGUGGUCUUGAUGUUGCCGUUACCUCGCCGACUUUGAGUUCCAACCCACGAGUGAUUUCUCGAGCAAAGACUAGAGCAACUUACAGCAAUGCCAAGCAAAAUCCCAAAACUCAUGCUGCCGCCCGAGCCGCUUUUAGUGCUUCCGCAAUGACCCCCGGUCAGUGUCGUGACUGUAAUGUUCUUUUGACGCGAAUCCAAACCGCACAAUCGGAGUAAUUCUUUGCAACUUUGGUACGAAAUUACUUUUUGAUAUUAUUUGCGUCUACUCUAAAAAGUUUUCAGUUUCUUCCCCACUUGUGCAACUAUUUGUGCCGGGUACCUCUUUUUAGUUUUCAUGACUUUGUCUUAGUAUAGUUUCCUUCGUGAUUUUAGUUUAUUUAAAAUUUGCUGUUCUUAAUUUUAAUGAAAUUGACACUUAACUUAUCAUCGUCAAAAUUUCAAAUCUUGCCCAUUUUCUCGGAAGACUCCCAUUCGUUAUCUGAUACACAAGUUCUGAUUAUUUUUUCGUAGAAAAUAUUGUUAGCGUGGAAGUUUGAAACGCUGCUAUCUAGUUUUAGUUGUACAAUUACUGAAUUAAGUUGUUUAAUCGUAAACAAAAAUUGAGACAUAUCUAACUUUAAAAGAUAUCUGGAGAGCUUAAUCAUUAUUAUAUCCCACACUUGUUAAAGCUUUCGCCCCAAACACACACUUGCAGGAUAAGAUUAAAUACUGUUUAUUUCCACAUUUCGUGCGAAUCCUUUUUGCAAUGUACACAGAGAAAAGUGCAGAGAUUUUCAAUACAUCGGUGUGUUAUUA